UCGCCUCCGUUUCCUUUUCCACUCCUCCAUAGAACUCUCUUUCCAUCUGCGCAUGGAAUUGAAUGGAAGAUUUUUCCUAUAAUACAUUAGAUUUUUCAUUCCCACUGAUCCCUAAGUUUUCGUAGAUUUUCCCAUCCUCCCUUCCCCGAUUCUGCAUUUGUUUUUGUUUGAUUGUUUGAUUGUUUCUUUGCUCAUCGAUUCACCAAUCAAUCAAUCAAUCAAUCAAUUCGUCGAUAAUGAGGCUGGAAGUGAAGGACGAUGAUGGCGACGAUGUUCUUGUUCCUCCCUCCAACUUCUCCAUGGUCGAGGACGGCAUUUUCCGAUCUGGGUUCCCCCAGCCCCCCAAUUUCCCCUUCCUCAAGACCCUCAAUCUCCGCUCCAUCAUAUAUUUGUGUCCUGAACCCUACCCAGAGGAGAAUCUGGAGUUUCUUAGAGCUAAUAACAUUAAGCUCUUUCAAUUCAAAAUUGAAGGGAAAAAGGAGCCAUAUGUUUCGAUUCCGAAGGACGAUAUCCUGGAGGCUCUGAAAAUCCUAAUUGAUGUUAGGAAUCACCCCAUUUUGAUCCACUGCAAGCGUGGGAAGCACCGAACCGGGUCACUCGUUGGCUGUCUAAGAAAGUUUCAGAACUGGUGCUUGACUUCGGUGUUUGAGGAGUACCAGAGGUUCGCAGGCAUGAAGUCGAGGACGACGGAUCUACAAUUCAUCGAGACAUUCGACAUUAUGUCUCUGAGGCAAUGUGUGUACAGCGUCAUAUACAAGUACCAAGGAUACAGUUCUAAGAAGAGGAGGCUGCUGUAUAGAGAAGAAAAGUUGCAGAAGCCUCAAACCACAUCAGUUUAGAAGAGACAGAAUCAAUUCAACACAAGAACAGAAAAUCUUCUUCUUGCACAUACCAAGUUCUUGGUAAAUCCAUAAAAAAAAAAAA